GCCUGGCGCUCCCAGGAUCCCGUGCGCUGAGGGGGCGAAGCGGGGCGCGACGUCAUCAGCGGGCGCGGAGCCGGAAGUGUUGUGGCCGCCCCCGUCGCGCGUCGCGGAGGCACGUGUGGAGCCCCGGCGGCGGGAGCGUCGCAGGUCCUUGGCACUUGCCAGACAUUAGCACCAUGAGCUUCGUGGCAUACGAGGAGCUGAUCAAGGAGGGUGACACGGCCAUCCUGUCACUGGGCCAUGGUGCAAUGGUGGCAGUGCGUGUGCAGCGUGGGGCACAGACCCAGACCCGGCAUGGUGUCCUGCGGCACUCAGUUGACCUUAUCGGCCGCCCCUUCGGCUCCAAGGUGACGUGCGGCCGAGGUGGCUGGGUGUACGUGCUGCACCCCACGCCGGAGCUCUGGACGCUGAACCUGCCGCACCGCACACAGAUCCUCUACUCCACAGACAUCGCCCUCAUCACCAUGAUGUUGGAGCUUCGGCCCGGCUCUGUGGUCUGUGAGUCUGGCACCGGCAGUGGCUCUGUGUCCCACGCCAUCAUCCGCACCAUUGCACCCACGGGCCACCUGCACACGGUGGAGUUCCACCAGCAGCGGGCAGAGAAGGCCCGGGAGGAGUUCCAGGAGCACCGUGUGGGCCGCUGGGUGACUGUGCGCACCCAGGAUGUGUGCCGCAGCGGCUUUGGCGUGAGCCACGUGGCCGACGCCGUCUUCCUGGACAUCCCGUCACCCUGGGAGGCUGUGGGCCACGCCUGGGAUGCCCUCAAGGUCGAAGGUGGGCGCUUCUGCUCCUUCUCGCCAUGCAUCGAGCAGGUGCAGCGCACGUGCCAGGCGCUGGCGGCACGUGGCUUCUCGGAGCUGAGCACCUUGGAGGUGCUGCCACAGGUCUACAACGUGCGCACUGUCAGCCUGCCACCACCCGACCUGGGCGCAGGCACAGAUGGCCCUGCCAGCCCUGACACUGGCCCCUUCCGCAGCGGCACGCCUAUGAAGGAGGCCGUGGGCCACACUGGCUACCUGACCUUCGCCACCAAGACCCCAGGCUAGGGCGCCGCCACCCAGGGCAUCAGGGAGCUGGGAGCACCGAAGGGCUGGGCAGGGAGGCCAGAGGCACCUUAUAUGGUCUGCAAUGCCUGCCAGACACAGAUGGUGGGGCGGGGCUUGGGGGCCUCCUGGGUGGCCAGAGUGGGACGGCAGGAGGGGUGGCUAUGAUGGAGGAGGAGUGCUGGGGCUGGGCCUCAGCCAUUGCUGUCCAGUCCCGCGACCCAUCCCAGCUGCUGUUUGUUGCCAAUAUGAAGUCUCCACUGUCACAGGCUCCCCUGGAUGUUGAGGCCAAAGGGUGCAGGUGGGGGAGUCUGACCCCCUCCCAGGUGGGCCUAAGCAGGAAGAGGGUGGGGGAGGGAGGGGGCAUUGUCCCCGAGGCCAUGCUGCAUCUGACCCCUGAGCCCCCACGGCCCUGGCUGCCCCACAGGGCCUGAGACCAUCUCGUGUUUCUCCAGUUCCCGGGCUGAGGCUCCAGCCUGGGCCAAAAGCUGGGAUGAGAUGACCCAGGAUCCCUGCCCUCCCCUCCCCAGUGCUAGGAGACCAGGCCAGCCCAGGAACCAGGGAGGUGACCCUGCUCUCUGGCCUUCAGGCUGACGUCACAGCACUGGGCUCAGCCCAGGCCUGCGUCCACUCAAGUCCAAGAGGCGGGGCAGCCCCCACCCAGCCAGAGCCCCUUGACACAGGCCAGGCAGCGCUGCGGAGAGCAGCAGCAGAGCGGGUUGUUCGCCACAGGCGACCAGGCAAGCGUGUCGGGGCUAGGGUGUGAGUGCCAGCCUAUGAGUCCCGGAACAAUGUGGGCACCCCUACCCCUCACAGAAGCCAGGGGCAUGGAGGAGGCCCCCCCACGGGACAACAGUGUAGGGUCCAGGAGGUGUGUCCAGGACACCUUCCAGGGACAGUGCCUAUGUGAACACCUCUCAAAGGCUAAGGGGGCAUUUUCCAAAGCGGGGACAGAGGGUGGGACGCCCAGGCUGGGGGGCUCUCCUCGCCCGCCCUGGUGUGUGACAGCCUCAAGGGAGGACCGGUGCCUAUGUCAGCCAUGGGGUCCUUGGAGCUGCCACUGGUGCCUAGGGGGCCUGGGUUUCAGCCCAUGGAGUCAGCGGCUGUUGGGAGCCUCAGCGGCUGUAGGGGCCUUGAGUGCUGUGCUGGCAGGCGCCUGGCCCUGAGUGUCAGUGAUGAGCAAUAAACGUGCCGUCCCCUC